GGAACAGAGGGAGGAGAACGAAACCGGGGCGAGUGGGAACAUUUUAGACCUCGACUUUUUUCGUCUGGAGUUUUUUUUUUCUUUCUUUCUCUUUCUUUAAUUUCUGCUUCUUCACAGAAACCCGCAGGGAGACGCGCAGCUUUACGAUUGUUAUGAUGGAGAGAUAACAGACGGAGGAAGAGGAAGAGAAGAUGUCGUUCUUUGGGUUGGAUUGUUUCCUAAAGACGGAGGGAGCGGAGCUGGAGAGGAAACUCAGAGCCAAUGACCGAGAGUACAACCGCUCCUUUAAAUACGCAACAAACGCCAUCAAGACCUCCAAGUACAAUUUCUUCACCUUCCUUCCUCUCAACCUGUUCGAACAGUUCCAGAGGAUCGCUAAUGCCUACUUCCUGGUUCUGCUGGUGCUGCAGUUGAUUCCUGAGAUCUCCUCCCUGUCCUGGUUCACCACCGUCGUUCCUCUCGCCCUCGUGCUGACGGUCACCGCUGCUAAGGACGCAACUGACGACAUCAAUCGCCACAGGAGCGACAAUCAAGUAAACAACAGAAAAGUUGAAGUACUAAUUGACAGAAAGCUGCGGAGCGAGAAAUGGAUGGACGUCCAGGUGGGAGACAUCAUCAAGCUAGAAAACAACCAGUUUGUGACCGCUGACCUCCUGCUGCUCUCCAGCAGUGAACCCCUGAACCUCGUGUACAUAGAGACGGCAGAACUGGACGGAGAGACGAACCUGAAGGUCAAGCAGGCUCUUCCUGUCACCGGAGACCUGGGAGACGAUAUCGAAAAACUGGCAGAUUUUAAUGGUAAAAACCAGAGAUGGUGCAUUUACUCCAUUACAUCUACAUUAGAGCUUUUUGCUCUCAUUCUGCAGAUUUUUGGAUCUCUGGUGUUCAUGUGCACGAUCCUGGCGAUCGGGAAUUACAUCUGGGAGGUGAAGAACGGCUCCAACUUCACCGUCUUCCUGCAGAGAGAAGACAGCGCCGGCUUCUCGGCCUUCCUCACCUUCUGGUCCUACAUCAUCAUCCUCAACACCGUGGUGCCCAUCUCGCUUUACGUCAGUGUGGAAAUAAUUCGACUGGGGAACAGCUUCUACAUCGACUGGGACAGGAAGAUGUAUUAUUCCCGCAGCGACACGCCGGCCGAGGCGCGCACCACCACGCUGAACGAGGAGCUCGGCCAGAUCAAGUACGUCUUCAGCGACAAGACGGGGACGCUCACCCAGAACAUCAUGAUCUUCAACAAAUGCUCCAUCAACGGGAAGUCCUACGGAGAUGUUUAUGACUACACGGGUCAGAGACUUGAUAUUUCUGAGCAUAAAGACCCGGUGGACUUCUCCUUCAACGCGCUGGCCGACCCGCGGUUCGUUUUCUACGACCACACGCUGGUGGAGGCGGUGAAGCUGGAGAACCCGGAGGUCCACGCCUUCUUCAGGCUGCUGGCGCUCUGCCACACCGUCAUGGCCGAGGAGAAGAAGGAAGGUGAGCUUCACUAUCAGGCCCAGUCUCCAGACGAAGGCGCGCUCGUGACUGCGGCCAGAAACUUCGGAUUCGUCUUCCGCUCUCGAACGCCCGACAGCAUUUCCAUCGUGGAAAUGGGAAAUCAGCGCAGCUACGAACUGCUGGCGAUCCUCGACUUCAACAACGUCCGCAAGAGGAUGUCCGUCAUCGUGCGCAGUCCGGAGGGGAAGCUCUCUCUCUACUGUAAAGGCGCCGACACGAUCAUCUACGAGAGGCUGCACCAGUCGUGCAGCAAGCUGAUGGACGUCACCACGGAUCACCUCAACGAAUUUGCAGGGGAGGGACUGCGGACGCUCGCUCUAGCCUACAAAGAUUUGGACGAGGAGUAUUUCAGCCGGUGGAGAGAGCGCCACCAUGAGGCGAGCACCUCGCUGGAAGACAAGGAGAGCAAACUGGACGAGCUGUACGAGGAGAUAGAGAAGGACCUGCUGCUGCUGGGAGCAACAGCCAUCGAAGACAAGCUGCAGGACGGCGUGCCUCAGACCAUCGAGCAGCUGGCCAAAGCGGACAUCAAAAUCUGGGUUCUGACUGGCGACAAGCAAGAAACGGCUGAAAACAUCGGCUACUCCUGCAACCUGCUGCGGGAGGAAAUGAAAGACGUCUUCGUCGUCUUGGGUCACUCGCCUGAGGAUGUCAGACAAGAACUGAGAAAUGCACAAAACGCCAUGAAGCCAGACGGAGCAGCAAACAGCCUGCUUUUGACAGAGGAGAAGAGUGAAAAUCUGCUUAAAGACGAGGAGGCCAACGGGGAGUAUGGACUCGUUAUCAACGGACACAGCCUGGCGUACGCCUUGGAGAGCAGCAUGGAGCUGGACUUCCUCAGGACGGCGUGUUUGUGUAAAGCGGUGAUCUGCUGCAGGGUGACGCCGCUGCAGAAGGCCCAGGUGGUCGAGCUGGUCAAGAAGUACAAGAAGGCGGUAACUCUGGCUAUAGGCGACGGAGCCAACGACGUCAGCAUGAUCAAAGCGGCUCACAUUGGUGUCGGCAUCUCAGGACAGGAGGGCAUGCAGGCCGUCCUGUCCAGCGACUACUCCUUCGCCCAGUUCCGCUUCCUGCAGCGCCUCCUGCUGGUGCACGGACGCUGGUCCUACCUGCGCAUGUGCAAAUUCCUGCGCUACUUCUUCUACAAGAACUUCACCUUCACCUUCGUCCACUUCUGGUUUGCCUUCUUCUGCGGAUUCUCGGCGCAGACGGUGUAUGACGAGUGGUUCAUCACGCUCUACAACCUGAUGUACACAGCUCUGCCUGUUCUGGGAAUGAGCCUGUUUGAUCAGGAUGUGAACGACGUGUGGAGUUUCCAGCACCCACAGCUCUACAUUCCCGGCCAACUCAACCUGUACUUCAGCAAGACGGCCUUCUUCAAAUGCGCCGUCCACAGCUGCUACAGCUCCCUGGUGCUGUUCUUCAUCCCGUACGCCGCGCUGCAGGACACGGUGAGGGGCGACGGGAAGGACGUGGCCGACUACCAGUCCUUCGCCCUGCUCACGCAGACCUGCCUGCUGUUUGCAGUCAGCAUCCAGCUGGGGCUGGAGAUGUCCUACUGGACGGCGGUGAACACCUUCUUCGUUUUGGGAAGUCUGGCCAUGUACUUCGCCGUCACCUUCACCAUGUACAGCAACGGCAUGUUCCUCAUCUUUCCAUCAGCUUUCCCCUUCAUAGGAUCGGCUCGAAACUCUCUGAACCAGCCCAACGUUUGGCUGACGAUCAUCCUGACCUCCAUCCUGUGCGUACUUCCUGUGGUCACCUGCCGCUUCCUGUUGAUCCAGCUCUGCCCCACCAUCAAUGACAAGGUAAUGUUCAAGGUGAGACAGGCCAAAGCCACGCCUCCUCCUCCGCCUCGCCGCUCCCGGAUCCGGCGCACCAGCUCCCGCCGCUCAGGCUACGCCUUCUCCCACGCGCAGGGCUACGGCGACCUGGUGACGUCGGGCCGUUUCCUGAGGCGUCCCGCCGUGCCGCGGGCGUCGGGUUUCCCCCAGGUGGGGCGCGCCGCCACGGGGUUCAGCCCCAUGGGCCGGUCGGCAGGCUACAGCCCGACGGGCCGUCCCCAGAACCUGAAGGUGCCGGACGUGGAGGUGACCUCGCUGCAGAUGUACAGGACGUUCAGCGACGGCGCUCCAUGAGAGAAGGAAGCUAAUUAAACUUCUGGAGGAAACAGAAACUCUGAGGUUUCUGUGGGAAUUUUUUUGCUGACAGUUUCAUUUAAAGGAACGGCAGCCCUCAUUUCUGAGAGGUAAACGGUUUACUGGCGUCAGAUGUUUAAGUUUGAACCUGAAGGAAGCAGCUGAUGGGACGCUAACGGACGGAUCUGCUUCAUAACAGACAUAGAAACGGAUCAGUGAGCUUCCAGGAAGCAACAAGCAGAGGAUGGAAGUGAUUUAACCUCCUGACUACCAGUAGUUCAUUUUGUCCUCUGUAGAGGACAUUUCUAAACUUGAAUAUCUCCCACCCC